AAACAGGAGAAAGAAAGAUACAAGUAAGAAAUAAAAAAGAUAUGGUUAUUCCCUGAGAUAUUUUAGUUAAAUCAAUAUUUGUUCUUAUUGUUCGUAUUAGCUUUUCAAUGAAAUCAUACGAAUUAUGUUAUAGUGUUUUCUCUCCAGAGACACAUGCAAUGUUUUUUAAUUGUGUUUGUAGGAUAUAUAACGCAGCAGUUCGCGGCGUUAAAAACAGUUCUUCUUCGUAUGCUUAACUGUAAAAUUGCUUUGUUAAAGUACCCUGAAUUGAGAUGAUCAAGAUGAUCCAGAUCAACACGUUGCUCUUUGCUAUACUGGUCGUACUGUUUGGUAGUUCAAUAAUGGCAGCACCGUUCGAAGAAGAAUUAGAGACGACUAAUCCCACGAGAUACAGAAGAGCCACUUGCCGAAUUCCCAUUAUUGGUGAAUGGGUUAGCGACAGUGCUUGUGCUGCUGGCUGUAUCGCAAGAGGAAGAGCCGGUGGCCAUUGCAGAAAUGAGAUCUGUCAUUGUCGAGAAGAGCUAAUGUUGGAUCUUUUAAGAAAACGAUUCAAUUUCUAGACAAUUAGUGAUAAACAAAAAAAGUUGAAUAAUUGAUAUUACAAAUAUCAUUUCAUAUUUAACAUAUCGAAAGAUAGUUAAGAUAAUAUUGUGUAUCAUAUUUACUUAAAAUAAAAACAAAAUGUUGAGAUUAUUUAUCAUUACUAUUAUUUUUUCUCCACAUACAUUAUCUUUUCUUAUCUUCACUUUGAGCUGUAAAAUUCGAAUACGUUUUAUGAAAAAUAAAUAUAUGUGAAAAAAACACUUGAGAAAUGAACCAAUGAGGUAUUGUUUUUUCACUACUCGUAAGAAUUUCUCUUUGUAAACAAUUUAUAUUUAAAUUAUAUAUUGGUAUUAGAAAAACAAUAAUAUACUUUUGUACAUUUGAAUGAAAGCAUAAUUUCGUUAUCGCUAACGUACAUGCCGAUUAUCUCUAGAUAUUAGAUAAGUAUGCCAUCAAAAAUUUCGAUGCGGUUCCGUGGGAGGUGGAAAUUGGUUAUGUUCCAUAGUCUGUAGGAAUAAAGGACAUCCUAGUGGAUAUUGCAAAAAAGACGUAUGCUACUGUAGACGUUAGGCUAUUGCAGCGAAAGAGGUUUAACAUGUAAAUAAUAUAAUAAACUAUAUAAAAUAAA